AUGGUGCAGCACGUGCAUCCCGAUUGUAUAAAUGCGAGCAAUCCCUACCACGAGUGCACGGACUAUUGCUUUCGGAAAAUCGCCGAGCGGAAAGGCCGACCUGGAGCGACCGCACCUACGAAAGGCGAGGCACCGUCGCAGCUCCCUACCUCCUUCGGCAGACAAGAGAAAUUCAAACGGAAGUACGACGAGGUUGUCGUAGACGGACGGAAAGCGGCGGUUGGACCGGGAGAGGAGGACAUAUCCGUGGUCGCAGCUCAGAGCACUCGGCAAUCUCGAGGCCGACAAGCUCAGCGUCGAGAUUCGCCAGAUCGGACGGCUGAGGAUGACCGGCAGGCGGCAGCGGACGUGGUGGAUGUGCCGAGCUAUGAAGGGAUGGACGCCCGGCAAAAGAAGCUUUUUGAGAUACGCUUGAAGCUGAACCAGGCGCGGAAGGCUAAUCAGACCGCGGUUGUCGCGGAGAAGCGGCGGGAGGAGAAACCCGAGGAGGAGGAGUCGCGCGGAGUGAGCAAGGCGGCAUGGUUCGAGGAGAAGAAGCGCAAGAUGAGCAAGCAGCUGGACGCCGCCGGGCUGGAUAUCACCAAGGCGUACAUGCUGGAAACGCAGGAGGCGGCGGAGAGCAAGUACAAGAAGUGGGAGAAGAAACCGGCUCCUUUUGGCUGGGAUGCGUUCAAUCAGCAGGCACUGUAUAACGCGUACAAGAAGCGCACAGGCAACAUCCCGUACACAGAAGAGGAAUAUCUUAAAGCCAAGGAAAAAGACCCGGACUUUUACCGCGACGACGCGAGCCUCCAGUACGGGCAAGCUCCGGAGAUUCCCGAGGAGAACGUCGACAGAAUGGUGGCUGAGCUGACAGAUAGAGCCAAGAGCCGCAAGGAGUUCAGCCGAAGGAGACGGCACCACGACGAGAAGGACAUUGAUAGUAUCAACGAUCGGAACGAGCACUUCAACCGGAAGAUUGAGCGAGCGUUUGGGAAAUACACGGUGGAGAUUAAGAAUAACCUGGAGCGGGGUACUGCGUUGCCGGAUUAA